GAACUCCGGAAGGACCCUUUCUUUGGAAGGCUGGGCGGAGGUGGCCCGCGAUGCACACUCACUGCACGCCAGGAAUUGCCCGCGCCCCUAGAGGGCAGAGCGGGCGCUUUGUACCGGCCCGCCAGCCGGACCGGGGCGGGUGGGCCCAGCGGAGCCCUGCGCCCUCCUGGGCGUCCAGGCGUCCCCCUCACUGUGUAUCACCGACUCUCCGGAUUGCAGAGUCCCUUAAAGCAGAAUGACUGUUUUCUGAACUGGCUCUUGGACGGAACCUUGGAAAUUGGAAAGUCCAGAUGAUGGGUAUUCUGGGCCAACCAUCCUUCUUUCUUAACUGGUCUCUGGUACACGCGCGUGCGCGCACACACACACACACGCGCACAUACACACCAGAUAUGGAGUCCACCACCUACCCUCUCAAUGUGACCCUGAAAGAAGAGCAAGAGGAAGAAGAGAUCCAGAGCCGGGAACUGGAGGAUGUCCCCACAGACAUGCAGAGAGUGAGAAUCUGCUCAGAGGGUGCAUGGGUACCAGCCCUGUUUGAUGAGGUGGCCAUAUAUUUUUCCGAUGAGGAGUGGGAAGUUUUGACGGAGCAACAAAAGGCCCUGUACCGGGAAGUCAUGAGGAUGAAUUAUGAAACCGUCCUGUCCCUGGAAUUCCCAUUCCCUAAGCCAGACAUGAUCACUCGGUUGGAAGGGGAAGAGGAGUCCCAUAACUCUGAUGAGUGGCAGCUCCAAAGAGGAACCUCCACAGAAAACGAGGAGUCCGACGUGAAGCCUCCAUACUGGGCAGGCCCAGCGAACCCCCACGCACAGUUUCCUCAGCCCCAGCACCUGGACGGCCUAGGCCUGGCCGAGCUGCCCGAGUGGAGCGAGGGGUACCCCUUCUACAUGGCCAUGGGCUUCCCGGGGUGUGACCUGUCUGCCGAGGACCUGGCGGGGAGGUUCCAGUUUAGCCGGGGCAUGCGUCGCAGCUACGACGCGGGCUUCAAGCUGAUGGUGGUGGAGUACGCCGAGGGCACCAACAACUGCCAGGCAGCCAAGCAGUUCGGGGUGCUCGAGAAGAACGUGCGGGACUGGCGCAAGGUCAAGCCGCAGCUCCAGAACGCGCACGCCAUGCGGCGGGCCUUCCGCGGCCCCAAGAACGGGAGGUUCGCCCUCGUGGACCAGCGCGUGGCCGAGUAUGUGCGGUACAUGCAGGCCAAGGGGGACCCCAUCACCAGGGAGGCCAUGCAGCUGAAGGCGCUGGAGAUCGCCCAGGAGAUGAAUAUCCCCGAGAAGGGCUUCAAGGCGAGCCUGGGCUGGUGCCGGAGGAUGAUGAGAAGGUACGACUUGUCCCUGCGGCACAAGGUGCCCGUGCCCCAGCAUCUGCCCGAGGACCUGACCGAGAAACUGGUCACCUACCAGCGCAGUGUGCUGGCCCUGCGCAGGGCGCACGACUACCACGUGGCGCAGAUGGGCAACGCGGACGAGACGCCCAUCUGCUUGGAGGUGCCGUCCAGGGUGACCGUCGACAACCAGGGUGAGAAGCCUGUCCUGGUGAAGACGCCGGGCAGGGAGAAGCUCAAGAUCACGGCCAUGCUGGGCGUCCUGGCCGAUGGGCGGAAACUGCCGCCCUACAUCAUCCUGAGGGGCACGUACAUCCCGCCGGGGAAGUUCCCCAGCGGCAUGGAGAUCCGCUGCCACCGCUAUGGGUGGAUGACGGAGGACCUGAUGCAGGACUGGUUGGAGGUGGUGUGGCGGCGGCGGACCGGGGCCCUGCCCAAGCAGCGGGGCAUGCUGAUCCUGAACGGCUUCCGCGGCCACGCCACCGACUCAGUGAAGAGCUCCAUGGAGAGCAUGAACACCGACAUGGUGAUCAUCCCCGGGGGCCUGACCUCGCAGCUGCAGGUGCUGGACGUGGUGGUCUACAAGCCGCUGAACGACAGCGUGCGCGCCCAGUACUCCAACUGGCUUCUGGCUGGGAACCUGGCCCUGAGCCCCACCGGCAAUGCCAAGAAGCCGCCCCUGGGCCUCUUCCUGGAGUGGGUCAUGGUCGCCUGGAAUAGCAUCUCCAGCGAAUCCAUUGUCCAGGGGUUCAAGAAGUGCCACAUCUCCAGCAACCUGGAGGAGGAAGACAAUGUCUUGUGGGAAGUGGAGAGUGAGCUACAGGGAGGAGGUGAACCCCCUGUGGAGAGCAUGGCGGAGAGCAACUGAGGGGCCAGCUCCUUGGUGGCUGGUCGGAAUAACAUCGGGGGGCAUUUUCAGUUUUCCGAGUGUUCCCCCCCCCAGGGCCUCGAUCAGGAACUGCCAGGAAGGGAAGAAAGCUGACUACCCUGCAGCUGUGAGCACGGGCACCUCCGCACACCUCAGCCUGGGCUUUCUUGCCACAGACGCAGCUGUCUGGCUGCUCAGGCGGCAGGGGAGGAGACGGACAUGAAACUAAUGGAAUUGCUAUUUUUGUUAAGAUAUCCAGAAAUCCAAAGGUUAAUUCACAUUUAGUUCUGUGUUUUCCAGCAAAUGGCACUGACGGCAACAGAGGGGGGAAAUGACUCCCGAACGCAGUGGAUGCACAGGGAGCAGUAGGAAGAGGUGACAGGGCUCUCAACAGCCCAGUUCAGGACAGCGGACAGUGUCCAUCCUGGGACACGCCCUGCCUGCCCCUUGAAGUGUCCACAGCCAAGGAGAAGACCCUUCAUUUCAUCAGCAACAAGAUUAAGAAAGAACCCUUCUGCCCAUUUCUUGGAGAUUAUCUGCCUCUCCAUCAAAAGGAGCCUGUAAGUAGGCGAGGGCAAGGUGCUCCUGGGGAGCAGGACCCCACACCAUGGAGACCCAGCAUGUGGGCACAGCUCUGGCGCUGUGAAGAAGCUUUCUGCAGAGAAGACCUCGAGUCAGUGUGUGUCUUGCCUUGAGAAUGCUUCCAGAAGCACAGCCCAUGCCCACAGGGUCACAGGUUUUGUAGAAGGGCAUCACAAGCCCCUUAGGGAAAAUGAGAUACUGAUGCUAACAGCAAAAUGAAGACACCCUGGCCUGGUGCCAGCAGGUGGCUUUUCUGAAGACAAACUAGGUUAGUAUGGAAGACAUGGUUAAAGUAAACAUGCUGUUCUAUCUUCCCAGUCUGGAUGGCAGCUAGACUUGUGGGGUCUUGUCUGAUGGGCCUGCCUCUUCACUGUCCUGCUUAAUGGUGAAGGCAGCACUUGGUGCAUGAGCUUCUGCCCUCGGGCCACCUGCAGACCCCCGUGAGGGGUCUGCUGUCCACAAGGUACAAGGCCCGCAGACUCAUCUGGUACUUUUUAAUGUUCUUGUAACAAGGGCUGUGGGAGGGCACAGGCCUCUACCACAGCUGUUUGGAGACUUGGGAUCAUCCAUCCUGCAAGGUCAGCUGGAAGGUCGUUGGGUUUUUACACAGUGGUCACUUACAUUCCCACCAAGUCGAGUGUUUCGAAGACAUUCCUUCAAACCCAUCUGAGCUACAGAACCUCAGAAGAAGCCAUCAGUAGGAGCCGUCAUUCCUGGGUCGGGCCUGCUCACUGGCUGCUGCCGUCACUCCUACAGACGCAGCUCGCAGCCGUCUUACAAGCUUUUCUUGGCAUCUUGAAACGCCUAUUUCUACUCAGGUACUCCUCUUCCUUUAGUGAUUCACCUUUCUGAUCUUUUUAAACCAGUCUCCCCAUAGGAGGAAAACUCCACUUCUAAUAUCCAAAUAACUUUCACUAUCUGAAUUGUUCCCCCAUUUGCUUUAUAUUCUGUAUUCUUGCACAUCCAAAAAUGACACCCAGAACCUGUUACUUUUCAUUCCAGAAGCUUCCAUUCCUUCCUUAAUUUUUUCUCCAGUGGCCCAGUUCCUGGCCCUUCUCCAUGUUCUAUUUCUCUUGCUUUGGAAGCUUAAAAGAUGCUAUAGGACCUAAUUUUAGGUUCCUAUGUGGGAGCCAGUUACCUUGCCGAGAUAACAGAAAUGGUUCGACUCAUCUUGACCCGUACCUCACGUUUCCUCGCCAGCAGAGAUGAUGCCUUACAGGCUGCGCAGCACUGGAGCGUUCCUGGAGGGACGGCACUGCCGCCACGGUCUCCUGGGCUUCCUUCCACGGUCUGUGCCUAACAGCCCCAGUACAGCCGUUCUGCAGAAUGACUAUAGCACACUUGGACAUAGUGUACUCCCUGGUAGAUAGAUAGGAAGUGACCCCAACAAUAAACUUUGAUAAUAAAGUCA